UCGCCAUUCUAACUGUUCUAUCUAUCACACAGUUGGCCCAAUCCCUCCCUCUCUCAAUGGCCACCGCACCAGCUCUCUCCGGUACCGUCUUCAGCACCUCCUUCCUCCGGCGACAGCAGUCGGCGGUGAGCCUCCGCGCUUUUCCUCAAGUCAACCAGGCUCUGUUCGGCGUGAAGGAGACCGGCAGAAUCACGGCCAUGGCUGCUUACAAGGUGAAGCUCAUAACCCCUGAGGGACCUCAAGAGUUCGAGUGCCCCGACGACGUCUACAUUCUGGAUCAGGCGGAGGAAGUCGGAAUCGACCUUCCUUACUCUUGCAGGGCCGGAUCGUGCUCUUCUUGUGCCGGCAAAGUAGUCGAAGGCACGGUUGACCAGUCCGACGGAAGUUUCCUUGACGACGAUCAAAUGGAUGGCGGAUUCGUCCUCACCUGCGUCGCUUACCCUCAGUCUAAUGUCGUCAUUGAGACUCACAAGGAGGAGGAGCUCACCGGUUAAGUUUGAAUGUCGUUAAUCGAUUAUUGUGUCUCUGUUAUAUCUUCUUCCUGAUGUGUGAUGCUGCUGCUGCUUCUUCUUCCUCCUCCUCCUCCUCCUUCUCCUUCUUUUUGUUUAAUUCGUAUUUCUGAAGAAGAAUCCAGUGACCUGCUUCUGUUCCAGUAGAAGAAACAACUGAAAUUGUUGCAACUCUAAUAUUGUUUUCGCUUACUCAUUAGUUUUACUCUUUCAUAUGAAUUUUCCUUGUUCCUCCAGCUUUUUCCUUGUCGUUAACUUUUCUGGAAAUUCAUGUAGUUUUCUUUUUCUCUAUCAGUGUCAUUGAACCCAAGCUUAAUAUGUCA